UGUGGCACCACGUGAGUGGAGACCCUCGGUGUUCGUAGAAGGUCAAAUAAGUUCCUCAUAGAAGGCUCAAGUGGACUUUUAACAAAACGACUCAGGAUUGCCUGAAAGGCGGGAUAGAUGCACCACAUGAGAUUCCCCCUUCUUCGUACAAAAUAGACCAAGCUCGGAAACAUCAGCAGUUGGCCACUGUUCUGCUGUAGAUUAUAAAGAAGACAGAGAGAAAGGACAUAGAGGAGUAGAGGAGGAUAAACAGAGGGGGAAGAGAUGGGGGAAUUAGUUAAUUAGUUGACUGAUUUAUUUUGUUAAGUUGUUUGGUUCGUUGGUUGGUUAGUUAUAAAUAUUCUUGGCCCUCAUCGACACAAUUCUGAAUAUUUGCAGUGCGGGAUGCAUCUACCAUGCCUGUGAGGGCCAACUUAAGCUGAGUGGGAUACAGUGACUCAGCAGAUAGAAAAGGAUACUGGAUUAAAUGUUAAUAGAUUCCACCUUUUGGGAAUGGAACUCACGUACUAUAGCAAAGCGCUUAACCGUUACAUUACAAGCGCCAAGAGACAGAGAGAGGGGGGGAGGAUGCAGAUUAUAGCAUAACCGGAUUUUCAGACGUGCUGAUAUCAGGGUGCGCACUGAAGUGAGAAAAUUAUGGGGAUUUCCUAAACUCACAAAACAGUGACAAUGAACUUGGAUCAUGGCAUCUGCAAUUUCCAGUGAACACAUCUCUAUGUAGAUUAGAUCUGGAUAUAGAUUAUUCUAAUACCGUGCAAGUCUGUGGUGUGCCUCUUGGCCAUUGUAUGGGCUUGUCCCUGAGGGAUGUUUCGUUCCAGAAGACAGAAGACAGCACACCUCUGUGUGUCGAGUGAUUGAUAUAUUUUCCAUCACGACUUGAACCCAAAAACCAAGAAACGACUCGACCCUCUAUUACACCACCAAAAGACUGACUGUUUGGCUCGUACAGCCUUGACUUGCAAGUUGCAACCAACUCUGCAUAGACCUAAUUAUAAUAUUUAACGUUCAACAUUUACGACGACGCCAUUUGAAUCAGGCCAUUUGUCUCCCAUAUAUUAUAAAACUACAGAACUUUAAGCCCUUCAUUUUUUUCUGCUAUCUAUUUCUGCGGCCCACGCUUCUCCAACCAAGAUGGCGGAUUUGUGGAGGAGCUCAAGCGUGGCCAGCAACAAGAAAAUGGGUAGAAAACAAUCUCUAGCAUGUGUGGCGUCCAGAGCAUCAAUGGAUUGGCUAAAUUUCACCAAGUCUCUCGGAAGCAGCACCACAAACAUAGCCCCCCGCCCCCUGCCCCGCAAGUGUAUCCGGUGCAGCCCGCGAUACAUGCCCCGCCCCGGCCCCAGCCAGCAGCUGCACGACUUCGAGAUGACCCACUGGCAGCUGACGUUUGACGCCAUGGGCGGACUCAGACACGCUCAACUGCCCGAGGCCCCGCCCUCUGACGUGCUCAGCGACGUCCCCUACCACUGCUCCGCCUAUGGAAGAACGUUUGAAUGUUCUGUCCCAGAAAAUUCUGCAAGGAGGACAAGGGCCGCUCCCCAAAUACUUGCCCAAGUCGUCUGUGCGUGUCCGAUUGCUGGGACGGUCCAAGCUGGGGCGGGAACUCACGUCUGCGGACAUUUGUCUUUUGAUGUGGAAAUUCGGCCCGGUCCUGUUCACCAUCUCGGAAGGCAAGAACAGCCUAGUAACCACCUUUGAGUUCAUCAGUUCUGCCUAUAGUGCUGUGAACGCCCGCAACCUGCCCCAGGGCAUGACGGUCACGUGGUGUUAUGAUCAGUUCAACAACUUCGGGCACUACAAUCUGCACAAGGACUACGCGGUGUCCAAUGACAAGGUCUGGACCCAGGGCCUGACACGUUUCGCCGGACGCGGCCAAACUGACCCGACCUCAGACCGAACCAACAAGAAAUCUGAACGACGCGCAUCCAAGAAGAAGCUGACAUUUGACUCACCUUAACUUUGACUGACAAACUGACACACACACACACACACACACAC